ACUCUUUUUUUUCUACACAUUUCAAAAAGAAAAAAAAAAGAGUUUUAAAAUUUGCCAUUUGUAAUCGUUUGCUUGAAGUCGAACCUCUCUACUUCUCUCUCUCUCUGUCUUUUUCUCACUCACUCUCUCUCUCUCUCUAUUGGAUUCUUUUCUCUGCAACCAAAGCAAAGCUCUCGAAAUUUUUUCUCUCCCUUUCUCUUCAAACUUUCUUUCUUCUAAGCAUGGAAAAUGCAGCAGUUUUCUAGAACUUCACAUAUAUCCACCAGGACCACCACAGAGGCUUUUUGAUUACAUUGUUGAGAAGAAAAAAAAUGGAAGGAGAAUCAUUUGGUUUGAUCGUAGGGAUCUCACUAGGUGUGGUGAUCGGUGUGUUGUUAGCUAUUUCAGCAUUCUUCUGUUUUAGGUACCAUAGAAAGACAUCUCAGAUUGUCAACAGUGGUGGCUCAAGCAGAAGAAGUGUGACGGUUCCCAUCAGAGAGAACGGUGCUAACUCUUGCAACAUUAUGUCUGAUUCUACUCUUGGUCCUGAUUCGCCGGUGAGGUCCUCGAGCAACAACGGGAGGUCUAGUUGGCUUGAUGGGUUUAGUAAGAGGUCGACAAGUGUCAUCUCUGCUUCUGGCAUUUUAGAAUACUCUUACAGGGAUUUGCAGAAAGCAACAUGUAAUUUCACGUCUUUGAUAGGCCAAGGAGCAUUUGGACCUGUCUUCAAAGCUCAAAUGUCCACUGGUGAGACUGUUGCUGUCAAAGUUCUCGCCACUGAUUCAAAACAGGGUGAAAAAGAGUUUCAGACAGAGGUUAUGUUAUUGGGAAGGUUGCAUCACCGUAACCUAGUGAACUUGAUCGGCUAUUGUGCAGAGAAAGGCCAGCACAUGCUUAUUUAUGUUUACAUGAGUAAAGGAAGCUUAGCUUCUCACUUAUACAGUGAAAAACAUGAGCCGUUGAGCUGGGAUUUGAGAGUAUACAUUGCUUUAGACGUGGCACGCGGUCUAGAGUAUCUUCAUGAUGGGGCUGUUCCUCCUGUAAUCCACAGAGAUAUCAAAUCUUCCAACAUUUUGUUAGACCAAGCCAUGCGAGCUCGAGUGGCUGACUUUGGUCUGUCUAGAGAAGAAAUGGUAGACAAACAUGCUGCUAACAUCAGAGGAACGUUUGGUUAUCUCGACCCAGAGUACAUUUCCACAAGAACAUUCACCAAGAAAAGCGAUGUUUAUGGAUUCGGGGUUUUGCUUUUUGAGCUUAUAGCUGCAAGAAACCCUCAACAAGGUCUAAUGGAAUACGUUGAGCUGGCGGCUAUGAAUGCAGAGGAGAAGGUUGGGUGGGAAGAGAUUGUGGAUUCGAGAUUAGAUGGGAAAUUUGAUCUACAAGAAGUGAAUGAAGUCUCAGCGUUUGCAUAUAAAUGCAUCUCUCGUGCACCGAGGAAACGUCCCAACAUGAGGGAUGUUGUGCAGGUUUUGACACGUGUUGUCAAGGUGAGACAUUCAAGAAAACGUCAGAAGCAGAAGUCUCUCUCGCCUUCUCCACUUCCUCCGACGGUAGAGUGUGGUGGUGAGCAGACGGGAAAUAGAUCAGUUCUGUCAGAAAAUCACAGGAGAGAUAACUCCGUGGACAGUACACUUGAAGACUAUUGUUAA